CUACAGAUCUGAUGACUCCAAUCUAGAUCUUGGACGAAGAUGGAGCCCAAUUGAAGGUACAUGUUGGAUUCGAAGGUAGGGACCCCAAGUUUCUUCCUUUUUCUUUUUGAAAUUGAAGCAGUUGGCGGAGGUUCUGGCGGCCGGUCUCCCACCUUUGGUUCCUCCUCUUCUUCAUCCUCCGACUCUGAGCACCCGGCUACUUCUCCACAGAAGAAGCCGGUUGAUGCUUCCACUUGCGCUCCCUCUUCUUCCGCGGCGCAAGUGGUCUCGGUUGCCCAGUCCGGGGACGAGGGCUUCAUUCAGCUAGACGAUCGGUUGCUCCAAGAGCAACCGUCGUACAUGCAGAAACCCCAAGUCCACGAACUGCGUAAUCUGAUGCCCAAUGGGUAUCAAUUGACCUACCGGGCAACGUGGAAGAGCAUUAUACCUCUCCAUGCCGACACGUCGAUUGGGAUCCAUUACCAUUCGAUCAAGGACUUGGGUGAGUUCUUUAUUCACCCAUUCAAAGUCCUUUUCCUUGAGACCUACGGGAUCAUGCCCGGGCAGCUGGCCCCUAAUGGUCACCGUUUGUUAGGCAGCUUUAUCAACGUCUGCCGGUUUCUUCGUAUUCCUCUUUCUCUUCGCCUCUUUGAUUAUAUGUUCGAUAUUCGGCCCGGGUCCAAGGAAACCCUUAGAUUCGUGGUGGUGUCUUCCCACCAAGGUCGAGCAUUCCUUUGUGGUCUUCCACCCUCCAACAAGAAGUGGAAAGACAAAUAUGUCUGUGUCAAAUUCCCCCCGGGUGCCUUUCCUUUUGCCCAAAACGUCUGGGGGAAAAGAAUGAAGCGUCCACCCGCGGUCGGCCGGAUCGGGGAGGAGUACUUCGCCCGGCUGGUGAAGUCGAUGGAUGAGGAGAAGGCCCGGAUGAAGGCCAUGAUGGUCGAAUGCCGGAAGGAAGCCCAGGUUGCCCGGGCCAAGGCAGAGAAGAUAGAGGCCAAAUGGACAGAGCACUGCCCAGGCCAAGAUCAAUCAGCUGGAGGCCGAAAAUGCCCGGUCAGCCGAGAAAUCGCUCGGCUGGAAGAUGAGCUGCAGAAAGAGCAAUCGGAGCGUGCCGCCCUUGCUGCUGCCUGGGCCACUCAAACGCCUGAGGAGUUUGCUGCUAAGGCGUUGCCUGACCGGGAGAUUGCCAUCCGCUUCUUCCAAGGCUUGUACAAGUACGAGGUCUCGGCCGGGAUCGUCGACGAAAUCGGAACGUACGGCUUUGAAAGCGGCCAGUACUCGGAGCGGAAGGCCCUCUAUGGCAUCCUUCAGCAGAGGAUCCAAAGUUUUCAGCCAAAGGCUCUUUCUCUGCCCGAGCUGCACUCCGAGGCGCCUGAACCUCCCUUCCCGGGCAUCUGAUCCGUCCGGCCUUCCUUCCUCAUCUGAUUUUCUCUCU